AUGGCUGUAGCAGGAAAAAUGGGAUCGCACCCCCGACCCGGAACGGAGAAGUACUCCCGUGGUUACAACAAGGAGCAGAGAAGAGCUCACUACUCCAAAGACAAGAAGCUCAAUGCUGGUCUCAAGAAGUUGGAUCAACAGCAUAAAGAAGCCAUGAGGUCUGCAGCAGGAACCGAGUUGCUUUUACAAGAAGAGGUCGGGUUUUUAGAAGCAGAUGGACCAAUGGAAAAAACCUUCAAAUUCAAACAAGAUGAAAUCACAGAGGUAUUAGAUGAGAGUACAGUCAACAAGAAGUUCGAGCUCAAGCUUCCACAACUAGGCCCUUACACCGUAGACUACACGAGGAAUGGCAGAGACUUGUUGAUAGGUGGAAAGAAAGGUCAUAUAGCCUCUUUUGACUGGAGAAAAGGAACUUUGGAUUGUGAGUUACACUUGAAUGAGACCGUACAUGCUGUAAAGUAUUUGCACAACGACCAGUACUUUGCCGUGGCCCAGAAGAAGUAUACCUUUAUCUACGACAAACAAGGCACAGAGUUGCACCGUUUAAAACAGCAUAUAGAUUCGACAUUAUUGGACUUCUUGCCGUACCACUUCCUCUUGGCUACUGCAGGGAACACUGGCUUCUUGAAGUUCCACGAUGUGUCUACUGGAGACUUGGUCUCUGAAUUCCGAACCAAGCUUGGACCUACCCAGGCUAUGAAACAAAACCCAUGGAACGCUGUGAUGCACUUGGGCCAUGGAAAUGGUACUGUUUCCUUAUGGGCUCCCAACAUGGCUUCGCCUCUAGCCAAGAUGCUUUCGUGUAGAGGGCCAGUCAGAGACGUGGCUAUAGACAGAGAAGGCAAGUAUAUGGCUGUGAGUGGAGCCGACAAGACGUUGAAGAUCUGGGACUUGCGUAAGUUCAAAGAACUCGACCACUACUUCACACCUACACCAGCUUCUUCGUUGGACAUAUCCGAUACUGGCUUGCUUUCCAUUGGCUGGGGACCACAUGUAACCGUGUGGAAGGACGUUUUCAAAUCAAAGCAAUCUGAUCCAUAUAUGACGCAUUUGAUUCCGGGUUCCAAGACGGAGAAGGUGAAGUUCGUGCCCUUUGAAGAUAUCUUGGGUGUGGGUCAUCAGAACGGAUUUAGUUCGUUGAUCAUUCCAGGCUCGGGUGAAGCCAACUUCGAUGCCUUGGAGUUGAACCCAUACGAGACUGCUAAACAGAGGCAAGAGCUGGAAGUCAGAUCACUUAUCAACAAGUUGUCACCUGACACCAUCUCACUUGAUCCUAAUGUUAUUGGAACAGUAGACAAGAGAGCCAACAGCAUACGGUUGAAGCCUGGUCAAAUCGAAGAGCUAGAUGCCGACAAAGAGAAAUCGGAAAAAAUGGAAAUCAGACCAGAUGUCAGAGGUAAGAACUCGGCCUUGAGAAGACACUUGAGAAAGAAGGCACAGAAUGUUAUUGACCAGAGAAAGUUGAGAAUCGAAAAGAACUUGAAGACGGAGAAGGAAGCUAGACAGAGACGACACAGAGAGUUCAAGGGUAUUCCUGAAGAGAAGGACCUUUUGGGCCCAGCUUUGGCAAGAUUCAAGUAGAUUUUUGUUAUCAUUAGCAUAUAUGCAUAUAUAUAAGUAAUUAUAUAUAUACGAGUGUACAUUAUUCAAAUUCCGUGGUUCAAUAUAU